AUGAAAGACAUCUGGAGUCUUCACGAGGCCGACCUAGUUCCUGUGCUUGGAAUCUGUUUGGGCUUCCAGAGCCUCUGUCUGCACCACGGGGUCCCCAUCAAGCGGCUUCCAUACCCGCUCCAUGGGCAAGUCCAUCAGAUAGCCACCAGCUCUAGAGAUCUGUUUGAUCAGAUCCCCCGCAUUGAGGUGACACUAUAUCAUUCUCUAUAUGCUAAUGUCGAAAUGUCGGGAUUCGCUCCAGAGUCACAAGUAAAUGAACUGGAUUUCUUGGCUUGGCUUUCACUCGGCGAUUCAGACAGAAGUACCCAAAUUCCGAUGGCAGUCAAGCAUCAAUCCAAGCCAUUCUGGGGUGUGCAGUUUCACCCUGAAUCUUGCAAGUCCGAAACUCAAGCCUGCAAGAAGCUCCUUCAGAAUUGGUGGAGAAUGGCACUUGCGUUCAACAAAGUAGCUGGGCGAGAGGGGUAUGGCUCGUCGCCAGAGGCUAUCAUUAGCCCUCAAGCUGAUACAAGCUCUUUCCCGACUAUUGCUUAUGAGAUGCAUCGGUGGACUUCUUCAACUUCGAAACGCUCAGCUUAUCGCUCGUUCGGCUGGAGACCAGAUGGCGCGGAAACUAUCAGCGAACUCUUUAACAGGCCAGGGGCACCUACUGUGCUUUUUAAUUCAGAAGGCCGAUUCACCACUAUUUCCAUUCCGAGCUCCGGCUCUUGGAGACUAGAGUACAGUGUGAAGCUGCAGAAAGUGAGCCUUUAUCAGUUGGGUGGUGAUCAUCGUGUUGUUGAAGAAAAGAUCACUGUGGGUCAACUCUGGGAUGCUUUGCGAUACCUGAUGGAUAUGAAGAAAGUUACCCAUGGCAGCGACCAGAGCCCCUUCUGGGGUGGCUUCCUGGGCUACUUUUCAUACGAACUUAGCCUCUCUGGUCUUCCGCAUUCAAACCAAUCAUCAUCCUUUGGUGGAUCGACCUCGCCGGAUGGCUCGUCUAAUAAAAUCUCUCUGGAAGACCCCCCCCGAUGUCAGCUUGCUUUGUCGACGUGCGGGCAGGACGAUUCUGCCAGCGGAUGGCUUGACCAAGCAUCAGAGCUAAUUCAAAGGGAUCAGCACGAGUCGGAAACCGAAGGGGCUGACUCGGACUUCAUGAAUCCGAUUCUUCAUCAGGCUGUCUUCUCAUUCCCUCAGGAGGCAGAUUAUAAGAAUAGAAUCGCAGCCUGUAAGGCUGAGCUCGAGGCGGGCGAGUCCUAUGAGCUAUGCCUGUCCUGCGAAACAACAAUCACUCUUCCAACUGCAUCGACCGAUUCAGGCAAGGCAUCUUUUCCCUGGAGUCUCUACAAACGCUUGAAGAAGUACAACCCAGCAAGAUUCAGCGCAUUCGCGAAUCUGGGCAACACAAAGAUCGUAAGCAGCAGCCCAGAGUGCUUCCUGAAUUGGGACCGCGAAGAUACUCUCGAGAUGAAACCCAUGAAGGGGACAGUGCGCAAGACACCAGACAUGACAUUAGAGAAGGCCAAGGAAAUCCUUGCUUCAACCAAGGAAAUGGCCGAGAACCUCAUGAUAGCAGAUCUUAUCCGACACGAUCUGUAUGGCAUCUGCGGGUCUGGCGGCGUCCAUGUUGAAAAGCUACUUGAAGUAGAAGACUACGGCCGAGUCUAUUCUAUGAUCACGCAUGUCAAGGGCAAAAUUCAUCCUGAAGCCCCAGGAUACUCUGUCCGUCACAUGCCUCAGCUCAAGUCCUCCAAUAUGGCGGUCCACGGUCUCACAACUCUCCAGCGCUGCUUGCCGCCUGGCUCCAUGACCGGUGCGCCCAAGGAGCGAUCCUGCAUGCAUCUCCAAACCAUUGAGAACCGAAAACGCGGCAUCUACUCUGGUGUCAUGGGUUACCUCGAUCUUGGAGGUGGUGGAAGCUUCUCGGUCAUGAUCCGUAUGGCUUUUACCCACAGCUCAACUGCCGACCAGGAUACCCAGCAGGUAUGGCGCAUUGGAGCCGGUGGUGCUAUCACUACCUUGAGCACAGCUGAAGGUGAAUGGCAGGAAAUGCUGACCAAACUGCGUACUGUGGACACUAUCUUUGCUCCAUUUGACGUCUCUGGCGAGUCUCGUUGA